AGAGGCAGCAGUAGUGUGACAGCAAAGAGGAGGAGAAGGACGAGACGUUCUUCCUCUUAUAUAAACAUUUACAACAAUAUAUCUCUGUACUCACCACCACCACUCAUAACUAACACUCCAUCCCUCCAUACUGUCGUGAAGUAACCGUGUAGUGAAGUAACCGUGUAGUGAAGUAACCGUGUAGUGAAGUAACGGAAGUAGUAUCACUUGUGGGAGAAAAAGACACCAUCAACCAUAUCCAGUUUAAGAGAUUAGAACCCAGGAAGGAGAGACACACACACACACCCCUUAGUGUCAAGAGUUCGUCCAUUAUUGGUCCUCAAGAGACAAAGUCAUAACAGCAACACAGCAGCCAUGUCCAGCGUCAGAUGGGGAGCGCGGUCACUGCAACGUCUUCUGUCUGUCAAGAACGCAAAUGUUAUAAAUAGGAAUGGUCUGUUGUGUGUACGUGUGUUAGAGCACCAGCCCAAGAGGUGUUCCCUGGUGCUCGUGCGGCCCGUAUCUACUGCUGCCGUGAGCUGCCAGUCCUCUACCGGGCCCCCAACGGAUGGCAGCGGCGGGGACGAUGGUGGCAGCGACAAGGACACACAGAAGAAGAAGAACGAGAAGAAUCAGUUGUGUUGUCCCAAGUGUGGUGAUCCUUGUACCCACGUUGAGACCUUUGUAUCUUCUACUCGCUUCGUAAAGUGCGAGAAAUGUCAUCACUUCUUCGUGGUGCUGUCGGAGGUGGACUCGAAGAGAAAGAAAAAGGAGAAGAGAGAAGACCCUAAGGCAAACUUCAACCGCAGACCUCCGCCACCCCCGAAGAAAAUCUACGAGUACUUGGAUAAACAUGUGGUCGGACAGGAGCGAGCCAAGAAGGUAUUAAGUGUUGCCGUCUACAACCACUACAAGCGCAUCUAUCACAACAUCCCACAGUCUAAGGCUGAUCCUCUGCACCUCGACUCUGCCAAUAUUCCUCAGGGUCUCACCAAUAGGGAUCUGUUGCACAUUGCGGGCAUUAGCCAGAGUCACGCAUUAGGUGUGAGUGGCUUCCAGAAUACUGACCAACAACAGCAGCAGCAAGAUCCUCAGCAGCAGAUGGAGCAGCAACAGCAGACAAAGAGACCCCUAUCCAGUAACUCCCACGGCUCAGAUAUCCUGGAUGCCACCACCUACUUGUUGAGACUAGAGAAGAGUAAUAUCCUCCUCCUUGGUCCCACUGGUUCAGGCAAAACGUUAUUAGCUCAGACCAUAGCCCAGUGUUUGGACGUGCCCUUCGCCAUAUGUGACUGCACGACACUCACUCAAGCUGGUUAUGUGGGCGAGGAUAUAGAGUCGGUGAUCGCCAAGUUGCUCCAGGACGCCAACUACAACGUCGAGAAGGCACAAACGGGGAUCGUGUUUUUGGACGAGGUGGAUAAGAUCGGGGCGGUGCCAGGAAUACACCAGCUGCGGGACGUGGGCGGCGAAGGUGUACAACAGGGCAUGCUUAAGAUGCUGGAGGGCACCAUCGUCAACGUGCCAGAACGCAACUCGCCACGUAAGCUGCGGGGCGAGACGGUGCAGGUGGACACGACCAACAUACUCUUUGUGGCCUCGGGAGCGUUCAAUGGUCUGGACCGAGUGAUAUCCAGAAGAAACAACGAGAAGGUUGGUUAUCUAGGCUUUGGUAUUGGGGGUCAGUCAGUGGGGCGCCGUGCAGCAUCACAGGCGGACGUGGCUCACCAGACGGCCAGCACCGACGCCGAGGAAGACAACCAGGAGAAGGACGCUCUCUUGACUAAAGUAGAAGCGAGGGACCUCAUCGAGUUUGGAAUGAUUCCCGAAUUCGUGGGUCGGUUUCCCGUUCUGGUGCCUUUCCACUCCCUGACCGGUAUCAUGCUGGUCAGGAUCCUCACCGAGCCCAAGAAUGCCCUGGUGCCUCAGUUCCAGAUGCUCCCAGGGUAAAGGUAAGGUG